CAGGGCAUCACCACAGUGUCACUCUCAUUCUUCUAACCUUUCCGAUUUCCCUUUCUAUCUCCCAAAACAACCACACUUCCACCUUUAUUUCUAGCUAUUAAUGGAUUCAAAACCUCCAUUGAAGUAUCAGACAUGGUUCUUGAAAGUUUCUAUCCACUGUGAUGGUUGCAGGAGGAAAGUUAAGAAGGUUCUACAAAGCAUUGAUGGUGUUUUUACAACAAUAAUAGACCAACAACAGCAAAAAGUAACCGUCACUGGAAGUGUAACUGUUGAAACCCUUCUCAGUAAACUUCUCAGAGCCGGUAAGCACGCCGAGAUUUGGCCGGAAAAUAUCUCCGUCAAAGAGAACAAGAACAAGAGCAACACACACAAGUUGGAAAACGAUAACCAUUCUUAUGCUGAAAAAACUACACAAAAUUGUAACAAAGUUAUGAGCAAGAGCAGCAACAUAAAACCCGGUCAAAAAUCACCGGAAAAGUCUCCGGCCGGCGACCGUGAAUCGCCGCAGGAGCACAAGGGUAGCCAGAGUGGUGGUGGUGGUGGUUCUGCUAAGAAGAAGAAAAAGAAAGGUCAGGGUGAUGUUAGCGUGGAUCAUGGUUCCGCGGGUGCACCUGCACCUGCGGACGCUGGAUUUGGGUUCCAGAAUCAAGGGCUGGAUUUUGGACGGGAAAUGGGGAAAAUGUACAAUAGAUUGUACCCCAUGGGUGGUCCUUCAUACUAUGUUCCUCCUUAUAAUAUCAUGUGUUCAGGACUAGAUCAAGAAUAUGGUUGUCAAAUUCAAUCAAGACCGUUGGUUUCCUUUGAGAUUUUCAGCGAUGAAAAUGUGAAUGGAUGUAAUAUUGAUGUUGAUUUAUACGACAGUGAUAUUAGUGGUCUUUAUGCUGCAUCUUUGAUUCAUCUACUCAAGAGGGUGGAAAUGAAGGUGAAGAUGGUCCCACAAAGCAAAUCUGCAACAAGUUCUUGUGGAUUUUGA